GAAUCGUCAAGUUGCGGUCGCAUGAGCACAAUCGCGCCUUCCAGCCAUCCAAGAGCUCUUCUAGAUAAAUCAGGGCAUACAGCCAUUGACUCCGUGCUCAAGGGGCUAAAGAAGUCCUCUCGUAGCCUUCAGGUCGCUCUUGCGGCUUGGUCAACCGAUUCCCAAAUCUUGGAUCGAGUUUACUACAAAGGAAAGAACCAACACCGUGGGGCCCUCUUUUGGAGGCGGGUCGUGGAACUUAGGAGAAUAUGUGGUCGAUUGAGGCGUAUCAAUCCUGAACAAAAACUCAAUAUAUUUCGAGCCUCAUUUUUUGGUAGCGAUGUGCCGCGGAAUGGCCCCUGGUCUUGCUUUCCUGAUGUCAAGGUCACGCAGAUUUUCAUGAGUGAUAUUGUUACCUGCUCCAAGUUGGUUGAAAAGAUGCAUGAACAGUGUAUAAAAGCCUACGAAUCUUUCACAAUUUCAUUGCGAGGUGGAGCUUUUCUUCAACUUCUCCUGGUUCUUUCAGCUCUCGCCGCUAGGUUCAGCAAUCUGGCUUUAGAGCUGGUCAAUGCCCUCACAAAAAUGCUGGAAUUGUCACAACAGGUUCUUGGUACGAUUACGACACGACAUAGUGAAAAUUUGCUGGAAAUGCACGUUAACGAUAACGUGGAUAUUGUCGAUCCAAAGACGCUCGAAGAUCCAGUGGAAUCCGGAUUGCUUCAGUCUCACUCAGGCAUCGGUCCUAACGUCGCGACCACGUCAGAUGAUAUACCUUUUUGUGCACCACAGUUACCCUCCACAACUCCAAGUAAGCCCUCGCGUAGCUCAGAGUCGAUGAUUCGAAAGAAAAAGAAAGGAAGGAAGCGUGAUGAGAUUGAUGACAUUUUUCGUCUGUAAGAUGUAAGAUGUCAUUCCUGAAUACAGGCAUCAAUAAU